CUUUUCGUUGCUGCAGUCAUCAUCGUCUACGUCCGAGUGCUCGCUGUCGCCAUCGUUGUCACGCUCGUGCUCGUGGAUAUCUCCUGGAAAACAGUCUCAUCCUCAAGCUGGAUUUGCCUUCUCUUGGCUAAGCCACUGAGGUCAGAGCGACCUGUGGAUCUGCAUUCUUGGCUGUAAUGGCGGACUAUUGUCUUCGCCUGGAGAAUCUCAUUCCGGACGUUGUACACCGCAUUCUACAAGAAAUGACGGCACUCCGGAAUGACGCUGAAGACGACGAGCACUCGAUCAAGAACUUGUCAUGCACAUCUCGACGGAUGCGCUCUCAUUGUAUGCCGAUCUUGUUCCGCAGUUGUUACGGAAGCGCCGAUUGCAGCACGGUUCCACCGGUCUCCAUCCGUUCAUUCGUCAGGAACAUCGUCUAUAAUUUCGUGAUCCACGACCCUCGAACCUACUGGAUCUAUGAAGGCCAACAUUGUCCACCCCCAACUUCUCAUUCGCUUGAAUAUCCGGAAGAUUUACCCUUGUUUGGCAUGGAUCUCUGCUACUUCCCUGCGGUGCAGUCCGUCACAUUCGACAACGUCCCUGAAGGCGUUCCCUGGUCGGCUAUCAUGCGAUGCCUAAAGCACCCUGGUAUCACAUCUCUGUCUUUCCGCAAACGUUCGACGUGGACGUCUGCGUCAUCAGAAAUCCCGUCCGACCUCUCUCUUCACAUCCCUCAGCUCACGAGGUUUGCAUACACCCCUUCUCAGUGGCGCGAGGCCGAGAUCGUGGAGCAAAGGGCCAGCCUACAAGAUGUGUACGCUACCGAGUCAAGCUACCUCCGUGCGCUUGUUCUCCCUAUGUCGGCCAUGGCUGAAUCCCUCACCCUUCCCGUUGAGACGGCCCCGCUUCUGGAGAUGGCGGCUAGAGACUGGCCUCGCCUUCGUACGUUGGCACUCACCGGCCUGUAUACACAUCCGGAUCAAUGUCGUGCCAUCCCCUUCUUGCUCCUACGCAUGCCGAACCUACGCUCGCUUUCCAUCGAAGUGGCGCAAUCACCUAGGAUGCUGCGCCCCCACCUACUCAAAGUGCCUUCCCAUAACGUCUAUCAUCUGCGUUCAUUGACGGUCUCGUAUCCAAACCCGGACGAUCCCAUAUUUUCCUGCCUUGGGGACGGUCUGACGGCUCUUUCACUUCGCGACGCUCCGAGACACUGCUUUCACGAACGCUUCACUCCGGCUUCGCCUUGCUCGUCAUCUCCCAUCCUUAGUUCCUCUGAAUGUCUGACCAUUCUGAAACGUAUAUCCGCCCCUUCUCUGUCUGUCCUCGAACUGGUCUAUCAUGCGGACGCCGUGGAAGAAGAGCUCCUGCAAUACCUGACACGGACAUUCCCGCUCCUACAGGAGCUCGAACUACACAGAUAUAAAGCAUUCCCAGACGAGAGUGUCCCCUACCUGCACAUCGCACGCACGCUCAGCUCUGUCAAGUAUCUGCGCGCGCUGUACCUCAACCUCGACAUCCGGGACGGACCGUACAAGCCGUGGUACGUCUCGAGCGCCUUACUCCAGUGGGAGAAGGCCCGCAACGCCCGCGGACGAGAACUGCUCGGGAUCCUGCAGACCGGGGCGUACUUCGAGUACGUCGCGUUGCUCCUCCACACUAUGCUCGAUUGCACAUGGACGCUAUACCGCCCGGAAUGGGCGCCCCGGCCGCAGAUUGACUGGCGCUCGCUAUCUCAAACGGAUUCGUUGGCGCCGGUCAUCCCGUUGGGUUUCUUAGGCUGAGCAUCGAGCCUGCGUCGACGCCGCAUUGUCUUUCGGACGCGACUCCGUGAACGCCCAUGCUAUACCGCCGCCUCUCGUCCUAAGCGCCCUUGUGUUUGUAUCGUUCUUACUACCCUUAUGCCAGUACGCAGUCUGUCAUGUACGAUAUCUGACAGGACAAUCCUAUUGACGGUCAGCGAGUCAGCACCUACACACGGGUUCUGAGCAAGCCCUUGACGGCAUACACUUUGCAUACGGUCCGGGCAAGGCCGUUGACGUCCUACGGGUCAUGGCCUAGUGCAAGCACUCUCCUAAGGCCCC